ACAAAAAACAAUUUGUGUAUUUAUUUAUCAUUACGAACACUUUUUGCCGGGAAAAUUUUGAAAUAUAUAUAUUUAAAUUAAAAAAAUAAAAACAAAACAUAGGGAUAAUAAACAAAUGACGUGUCACUGGAAUUUUCUUCUUUAUUUCAUGUCCAUAUAAUUUCAAAGCCUCACUUCAAUGGAUAACAAAUCCUCCAACCACAAUCCGAUAUCAGAUCGAAAUGACAUCUACGGCGAUAUUCUCCGCCGCACCGGCACCUCUCUCCACCAUCAACCACCGUGUAAUCUCUCCAAUGGUAUGUGCUUGUGUUUCCGAUUACUCUCUAACAUUCAGAAACGCAAACAACAAAAGAUCGAAUCUGCUUCCACGGAUCAAAUCGGCGGCAUCAGAUUCCAGUUCCACGGCAAUCAUCGACGAUCCGGCUUCCGCUUCAGAAGAAGAAAGUCCAGCGAAGAUCGGCGCUAGGGUUAGGGUAAAGGUGCCGUUGAAGGUUUAUCAUAUACCUAAAGUACAAGAAGUAGAAUUGAACGGGAAGGAAGGUAAAAUCAAAGAAUACGUCGCCCUUUGGAAGGGGAAGCAGAUUUCGGCUAAUUUUCCUUACAAAAUCGAGUUCCUGGAGAAACUUGAAGGGCGUGGCGAUGCUCCUGUGAAGUUCUUCGCGCAUCUUAGAGAUGAUGAGUUUGAGUAUAUCGACUGAUUUACUGAUUUUGAUCAAAUUGUAGAUCUGCAUCCGGUUUUGAUCUCAAAUUGCUGAUACAAUAUUGAGUUUGUCACAACUGAAUAUGUUCCAGGUAUUAUGGAUGUAUAUACUAUAUACUAUGAAAAUGCUCACUCCUUAUUAGCUGUUUGAUAUUAAUUAAAAUAUUUUCAUUAA